GCCAAAUGGAAACGAUUCCCGUGGCACAAACAGUGCGGAAGUUUAGUGCAACUGCAACGUUCGCGAUUGUUAAACGUGUGCUGUGGUUUUUUUUGUUGGUUCAAAUUGGCUGCAAUCCGCGCGAUUUCGACGCCAUGCAGUUUGAGCAAAUCGACUGUUGAUUGAUACGACUCGAAGGGGAAAAGGAUUAAACGGCUUUAACAAUGCACUCAAAUCUGUGGAUAUUUAUUUGGCGCCGGAAACUCUCCUUCCUGCUCGUCGUUUCUGGCCUGGUGCUCCUCGGCCUCUGGACAUGGGCCAUACUAAUCGAUACGACAGCCGCCACGCAGCCACCCGCCGCAGUCUCUGCCACUUCUGAGCGCCAACAGCAACAGCAGUCCGCCGGCUACCAGCAGGUGCACAUCAUCCAGAAGCUGAUUGCCCAGGCCAACAGGGUGCUGAGAGCCGAUAGACUCAGGGAUAACGCCGUUGAGAAGUCGCCUUCGCCAGUCCAGCGCUUGGGCAACGUGCGAUUCCUGCGGCCCACGCAGGCCAAGAAGGCUCCGCUGCCCAUGUCCGAGAGCUAUUUGUUUGAGCAGGAGCGCUUGAAGAUCCUCGAGCAGCAGCAGCGCCAAAGGAACGCCGGAAUGGAGGAGCUGAACGCGAAUGCCGAGGAUGAGCGAAUGCUCAGUUCGGCCGAGCGACAGACGCAGUACGAGCACGAGCUACAGCGGAUGGGAGUGCCGGUGGUGGCCGGGAUCGGGCCGGAUGGUCCCAGGGCUCCGGCCGAGCGUCUGGUGCAUCUGGAUCUCAAGGGCGCCCCGCCCAAGCUCAGCUUCCUCAAGCAGCUGCUGCCCGUGCUGCGGGCUCUGGGCGCCACGGGUCUGCUCAUCGAGUACGAGGACAUGUUCCCCUACAGCGGGGUGCUCCAGCCACUGGCGGCGCACAAUGCCUACAAGGAGGAUGAACUGAGGGACUUUCUGGAGUGCGCUGCCCUCCAUGGCUUGAGUGUAAUGCCCCUCGUCCAGACCUUCGGGCACAUGGAAUACGUGCUCAAACUCUCAGGCUUCGAGCAGUUGCGGGAGUUGGCGGAGAGCCCGCAAUCGAUCUGUCCCAGUCAGCCGCAGAGCAUGGCGCUGCUGGAGCAGAUGCUCACCCAAGUGAUCGAGCUUCACACGCAGUGUUUGGGCCAGGCGACGCCUGCAUCCGCCGUUCCCACAUCCCCCAUUCGGUUCAGCCACAUCCACAUCGGCUGCGAUGAGGUGCAGCGCAUGGGCGAGUGCUCCUCGUGCCGCCAGAGGCUGCGUAGUGAGCUCUUCCUCUCGCAUGUGGUUAGUCUGGCGCACUUCAUCCGCCGCCAGUGGCCCCACUUGGGCGUGGUCAUCUGGGACGACCAGCUGCGGUCGAUGUCCCUCAGCGAACUGCAGCACUCGCAGGUGGGCAGCUAUGUGGAGCCCAUGGUGUGGGUCUAUGCCAGCGAUAUCUAUCGCUUCAUCCAACCGCAACUGUGGGACACCUAUGCCAAGGUCUUUCCCAGCGCCUGGACUGCAUCCGCUUUCAAGGGAGCCUUUGGCGAGAGUCUGCUGGUGCCGCCGCUGCAGCAUCACCUGGAGAACAACAUCCGCUGGCUGGCGGUGAUUGCCAAGGAGGGCGGACGAUUUGCCAAGGGUCUGCGUGGUUUGGCCCUGACCGGUUGGCAGCGGUACGAUCACUUCGCCGUGCUCUGCGAACUCCUGCCCGUGGGCAUUCCCAGCCUGAUGACCUCGCUGUCCACCGUUUCCAAGGGCUACUUCAGCACGAAUCCGCGUGACAACGAACUGCUGCGCGUGCUGCAGUGCGUCCACCAGCCGGACAGCCGUCGGUCAGGUCGUCCCUGGCUCGAGUUGCAUCCGAAUGCCCAUCAUAGCCAGCUCUUCGCCGUUUGUAACUACCCGGGUCACAUGGUCUUCAAGUACGCCCUCCGUUUGUACGACAAGCUGGCCGAGAUUGGACUCUAUCUGCAGCAGACACGCGACCAGAGCGCCUGGCUUUCGGACUACAAUGUGCGGCACAACUUCAGUUCGCCGCUGAGGGUAAGGGAACUGACCGCCAGGACGCCGAUGCUGAUCGAGGAGCUGCGAAUGAUGGCGCGGGAGGCACAGCAACUGCUGUGGGAGGUGUACGAUGAGUACACGGUGACGGAGUUCGUGGAGCAGCACAUUUAUCCCACUAUCGAGGCACUGCAGCGACAGUUGGCCAGAGCGGAACUGCUGCUCCAGAGGCGCACUUGGCCGCAGAGGCCACUGCCGCUGCCUCUGAAAGUGCAGGAGGACAUGGGACUGGUGACGCAUCAGCAGCAGCCAUGA